UUACAGAGCCACAUGGAUUUUUGUAAACAUUACUCGGUUUGUUGUAUCUGCACCGCCACGCGCUUCACACUGACAGUAUUUUAGCCACCAUUCACCAGUGUCACCUAUCAUCUGUUUGUGAGGCUGCUGGUGGACUGAAAUGUCUUUGCGGCUGCUGUCAGUGGAUCCAUCAGACCGGGGCUCUCAGAGGUGCAGGCUGGGUCCGGGAUUGAUGUCAGCGCUGGGUCUGAGUCUGGGCUCCCCGCUGUUGGUGUCUGUCCCAGGGGGGAGCUGCCUGUGCACCGCCUGGCCCCGGCCUGACCUCGCAGAGGGCUUCCUACAGAUGGACCUAAAAUGCUCCUCUCCCAGUCUGAUCUCCCACCCACCCACUCACCUGAACGUGGACCCUGAGCAGAUCACACCUGUGUCCUGCCCCAAGCUGAAAGGUGUUAAAAUCACUGUGGUGGUCCAGGGUGCUGACUUUAAGAAACACACACCUCCUCGGCUGGUUCACGAGCUUGUGAAAGACAUGCUGAAAGGUGUUUUGGUCCAUGAGAAGCAUGUGAUCAACCUGGAGGAUUUUGAUACAGAGAUUAGAUAUGUUGUCAUUGAAAGCGUCAACCUGGACACAGACAGUGCUGGAUUUAUCACCUCAAAAACUGCUGUGGAGAUAGUCUGCAUCCAGACUGUGCGGCAUUACAGGAGUCAACUGCAGGACCAGCAACUGGUGCCACUGGGGGGACUGGAGGAGGUGAGUGCCUCCCUGAGAGAGAUGCUGCAGGUACCUCUGUUUUAUCCAGGCACCCUGAGCUCUCUCGGUGUGUCGUGUCCCAGAGGUGUACUCCUGGUGGGGCCUCCAGGUGUGGGCAAGACCCUGCUGGUGCGCAGAGUUGUGGUAGAGGUGGGAGCCAGCCUGGUGGUGGUCAGAGGGCCAGAGGUGGUUGGAUCACGGCCUGGUGAGAGUGAGGAGAAGCUGCGUGCUGUGUUUGAGCAGGCGCGAUCUGCAGCUGAAGAGGGUCCGUGUGUGCUGUUCUUAGAUGAGUUAGACUCACUGUGUCCGAGGAGAACCGGCUCGUCGGCACCUGAGAACCGCCUGGUCGCUCAGCUCCUAACACUGAUGGACGGGAUGAAUCAGUCCGAUCGCUUCCUCAUCGUUGGAGCCACCAACCGGCCGGACAGCUUAGACCCAGCACUGCGCAGACCAGGGAGGUUUGACAGAGAGAUUAUCAUCGGAGCUCCCACCUUGCAGCAGAGGAAAGCCAUCUUGUCGGUUCUGUGUGAGAGGAUGCCUGUGUGUCCCAGUGUGGACAUGGCAGAGCUUGCACAGAGAACUACAGGAUAUGUGGGAGCGGACCUCAGCGCUCUGUGCACAGAGGCUGCCAUGCACGCUAUACGGGAAAACUCAAAGGGUUCAGGAGAGCAGGUGAUGGGUAUGACGCACUUCCAGGAGGCCCUGAAGGCGGUGCGUCCCUCCUGCCUGCGGAGCAGCCUGGGCAGGACAGAGCUCUCUCCAGUGACAUGGGAGCAGAUAGGAGGUCUGGAUGAAGUCAAACUCAAGCUAAGACAGAGUAUUGAGUGGCCGAUGUUAUACCCUGAGGCAUUUGUCCGUCUGGGUCUGUGUCGGCCCCGCGGUGUGCUACUCUAUGGACCUCCAGGAUGUGCAAAGACAACGCUCGUCAAGGCUGCAGCCAACUCGUCUCACUGUGCCUUCCUGUCUGUCGGCGGUGCUGACCUUUACUCCCCCUUUGUCGGGGACUCAGAGAGGGCUUUAGCUCAGCUGUUUCGUCAGGCCCGCGCCUGUGCUCCCUGUAUCCUGUUCCUCGAUGAGAUUGACUCUCUGAUUGGCUCGCGGUCAAGUAGUCAGACACCGAACAGUGUGCAGACGCGCCUCCUGUCUGUGCUCCUGAAUGAGAUGGAUGGGGUCGGACUGAAGACGCUGGAGAGGAGAGGGACAGAGAAGAUCCUCCAGGCGGAGGGAGUGGAGGAGAAUCGCACUCAGGAGCAGCUGGAUUGCCAGGAAGUCUGCAACAAAGAUGUGAUGGUGGUAGCUGCCACAAACAGACCUGACUGUUUAGACAGCGCCCUCCUCAGACCUGGCAGACUGGACCACAUCAUCUACGUCCCACCACCGGACCAGCAAGCCCGUCUUUGCAUCCUGAAGGUGUGUACAGCGUCGAUGCCCAUAGAUGCUGAUGUGUGUCUGGAGGAGCUGGCCACAAAGACUGAGCUCUACUCUGGAGCUGACCUUGAAAAUCUGUGUAAAGAGGCUGCUCUGUUGGCGCUACAGGAGGAGAACAUGGAGGCUUCUGCCAUCAAGCACACACACUUCCUCCAGUCCCUCAGCAAAAUGAGCCCCUCUCUCACCGCCCAGCAGAUCCACGCAUAUCAAACACCACCCAGAUGAUAAACCACAUAUGUCCUUUAAAUUUUAUUAUUACAGAGUGUGUGCUCUGAAAUAAAAUAAGUAAAACUC